AUGGCAUCUCUUCUACAAGACACGUUGUAUGAAAUUCAGUGCCAGGCUCCUGCUCCUAGCAAAGAUUUCCAUCAUUUGGUUAUAACGAAAAAAGAGAUUAUCUUAAGGUCCUGGAAGAUUUCAGUACGCACUGAGCACAGGAAAAUGUUGCCACGAGAAAUAAAGACAACACACAAUGAAUUCCUUCAAAUGACCACGAUGCACAAGUCAUUAGAAAAGAUCUUUGGCAAGGCUACAAUGGAAUAUGUAUUGAAUUUGUGUAGAGGGCAAUUUGAUUUCAUUGUUCGGAUACCUGAUAGCCUUAAGAUUUGUAUCUUAUGCUUUCUCGAUACACAAGACAUUAAGCAGCUGGCAGAGACCUGCAAGACGUACCAGAAGCUAUGCGGCAGCGAGGAAUUCUGGGAAAAAAUCAAACCAAAGCCGGAGAUAAAUAUCAAUGCUGUAGGAAGGAAAGGCGGUUCAGUUUCAGUGAAGACAAGCAAAGCGAAUCCGAAAAUUGGACGUCCAGUCUGGAUGCGUAGAAGAAGGAACACUUUGUUUUAG